CCGGCCGCGCUCAUGUCCGCUCCCGCCCCUUAAAAUGAAGUGUUUGUGGUUAUUUGUGUUCACAGUUCUGUGUAUACGGUGCGACGCCGCUGGCAAGCCUCGGAGAGGACGCGGCAGUAUGUGGUGGGGUAUCGCCAAAGCGGGGGAGCCAAAUAAUUUGUCGCCUAUAUCUCCGGGCGUGUUGUACAUGGACCCGGCGGUACACGCCACGUUGAGGAGGAAGCAGAGGCGACUGGCGCGGGAGAACCCGGGGGUUCUGGCCGCGGUCGCUAAGGGAGCCAGCAUGGCUGUCGCAGAGUGCCAGCACCAAUUCAAAUAUAGAAGAUGGAACUGUUCAACGAGAAAUUUUCUAAGAGGGAAGAAUUUAUUCGGCAAAAUUGUAGACAAAGGUUGCCGAGAAACGGCGUUCAUAUACGCGAUAACGAGCGCAGGAGUAGCGCACGCGGUGUCGCGCGCGUGCGCGGAGGGCGCCAUCGAGUCGUGCACGUGCGACUAUUCGCACGUCGACCGGCAACCGCACCGCAGCCGCUCCGCAGCCGCCGCCAACGUGCGCGUCUGGAAGUGGGGCGGUUGCAGCGACAACAUCGGCUUCGGCUUCCGCUUCAGCCGCGAAUUCGUCGACACCGGUGAGCGCGGCAAAACGCUCCGGGAAAAAAUGAACCUACACAACAACGAGGCCGGCCGAGCGCACGUGCAAACGGAGAUGCGGCAAGAAUGCAAGUGCCACGGCAUGUCCGGCUCCUGCACGGUGAAGACGUGCUGGAUGCGGCUGCCGAGCUUUCGGUCGGUGGGCGACGCGCUGAAGGACCGGUUCGACGGCGCGUCGCGCGUCAUGAUGCACAACGCGGAGGAGGCGCCCGUGCAGCGCAACGACGCGGCGCCGCACCGCGUGCCGCGCCGCAACCGGUACGGGUUCCAGCUGCGGCCGCACAACCCCGACCACAAGUCACCGGGCGUCAAAGACCUGGUCUACUUAGAAGCCUCGCCGGGAUUCUGCGAAAAGAACCCGAGACUGGGCAUACCCGGUACGCAUGGGCGCACCUGCAACGAGACAAGCAUAGGCGUCGACGGCUGCGACCUCAUGUGCUGCGGCCGCGGCUUCAAGACGGUAGAGAUGACCGUCGUGGAGCGGUGUAACUGCACGUUCCACUGGUGCUGCGAGGUCAAGUGCAAGGUCUGCCAUACGCAGAAGAAGGUCCACACGUGCUUAUAGGCGUCAGACGUCGGACUGUGUACCAGUUACACUUGUGAUUAGAAAUUCUGGUGGUUGUGACUCGGACUCGAGAGUGGACCCGUUUAAAGUGCUCCGAGGCAGAUAACGGACCGUGUAUAUAAUCGCUUCACUUUUUCUUCUAUCGGAGUCGACGAAAUCGUAAUUCAUGUUGACUUAUGUAAAUAGUUCUAUAUCACUGUUUAUUUCUUCUUUUCUACGCGUAUAAUUGAUCCGGCGUGAAAUUAAAAUAAGCGAUAUUCUGUGUAGUAAUCUCGGCCCACUCGCCCAGUUAAUUUAUUUGGCUAUUAAGUGCGAACAUGUGAUCUAGUAACGUUAUUUUUUGUGAACACUGUCAUUCGGAAACUAAUGAGACCAGUUAAUGACGAUUUGUUUCUGUCAGCCUGUCAUCCCCGGUACGAUCGGAAUUGGUUUUAUUGGUUUCCUUAUGCAGUCAGGUGUAUAAUUUAUUUAUUUUAGAUAUGGUACCUAUACGUAUUAUUUCCGUUUGACUGCGCUCCGACUGGAGACACCUACGCUACGCUUAUUCUGACUUUAAUUGAUAUUUCUUAAUAUCACUUCAAAGUUGUGUAUAAUAGAUAGAUUUUGUUUUUGCGGAUAGUUAUACUUGGAUAUAACAAUUGCAAUGAUUAUAUCGGGUUAAUUAGUUAUAUUAUGCAUCCUCCUGUGCACGCACGUAUAACUGUUGCAUCAAAAGCGAAAUUAUCUUAUAAAUAUAAUUUUAAUAUUAUAAUUAGGCUUGUUAUUGGAAUUUGUGUCUUAUUCCGAAGGCAUGGGGUGUCUUCGCGGACGCCGGGAGCCUGUUAUCAGCCCGCAAGUAGUCGUCGUAAAAGUGUCCCACAUUACGAGAUAAACGCUCUCGAGAAUUUUAAUUAAAUAUUAAACGAAUUAAAUAAUCAGUAUUAUACGUAUAAUAUUGUAUGCGUGCUGCGUCCGAUAGUCGAGAUAAUACGCACGCGAGCUGACACGUGUUGUACAUUUUAUACAUUAUGCUCGUCCAUAUACGCUGUCCUUAUAUAUGUCCCCUGUAAAGCAUGUGUGUUACUUUAGUAACUUUAUAUUGUGCCGGUUUUACGGAUUUUAGUAGAAGUAUCUACAAAGCUAUUGAUUGAUGCAUGCGAUAUACAAAUUGAUUAAUUAACUGAUAAUUUUAACAGACCACCGUUGAUUUGUUUCCACUAAUGAAUAAUGAAUAAUAAUGAUGAUGACAGAUUGAAGGAUACCAGAUGUAUCCAUUGAAAUUGGGACGUUUCUGUAGUUGAUCGUAAAUCAAAUUUGCUGUCACAAUUGCCAAGAGCAUUUAAGAACAAAUAGCUAUUUCCUAGAUGUGCUCUUGUGUUAAAAAUAGUGUUUGCAUUACGCCUCAGCUUCCUACGAAUGGGAACAUUCUCUCAGAUAUUAAUCUGAGUAUUUGGCAGUAAUUGGAACGUCUGUCUGUCAUUCAUGUACAUUCGAGUAAUAGAGGCAGUCAGUCAGAUUUCUACUUUCGUGUCUCGCGGCAGGCCUGAAUCCUUAUUACAUAACACGAGAUAGCUGAUCGGCGUAAAGUGCUCUUGGUGUGGCGUUCCCAAUCUCAGUGGAUAUAAGGCAAUACUCAAUGUCCCAAUAACCGUACUAAACCUGACUGUCCGAAUUCGAUAGUUUGCCUCAAAGGGAUUUAUUAUGAAAAUAUAUCGUACGUGAUAUGUGAUAUAAAAUAGUUAGCCAGUAAGUAAUAGAUAACCCUGCUGAGCCUUCGUGUAAGGACGUUAUGGCAAACGUAUUGCCAUAGGUUUCUUUUUAAUAUUUAUUGAAAAACUUGUUUUUAUUACGCAUGAAUUUACUUUAAAAUAUUGCUUUAAAGUAAAUGAAUGAUUAGAUGAAUCGGCAUAAAGAAAACCUUUCCAUUUUGUGUGUAGUUACUUUCAUUUUCUAUUUUUUAUUGGCAAUAAUAAUCCAUUUUUUUGGCCUAUAAGUUAAAUUACAUAAUGUAAAGAAAUUAGCAACUUUCUUCACCUAUAGACUAAAACAUAUAUAUUGUAUAAGUCACUUAUUGCCAUAGGCAGUUUUGAAUUGUCGCUUUGUAAGACACACUAACUUAUAGUUCCUAGAUAAAAAAAAGUAUUGAUUAAACUACAUGUUAUCAUUAAAUGUAAAGAUUUUCAUUAUGAAGAUUCAUCUAAACUAGAUUAAUGAUUCCUAAUCAAAUGUAAAUUAUUCUUUCCCGAUUCGCAAACACGUUUUGCAUUCAAAAUUAGAUGAUUUCGAUGUUGUAUGUGCUGAUUCGAGUUAACCAGUGGCAAUGUAAGUUGUAUUGUGUAGAGCCGAGUGGUAACCACGAGGACUUAAAAGACUGAAGUAUUUUAUAAUUUCGUAGUUAUAAUAUCCAUGACGGAUUUGUAAAGCCAUUGUUUUGAAUUUUAACAUGAAAUCUAUUGUGAUAAAAGUAUUUUAACAUUAAUUUAAAACAACCAGUAACAGAUCAAAUAUAAUUGGUGCCAUUUUAAAUAUUUUCCUUUUUAUUUUUGACAGUUUUAUCACUUUUUAAAAACUCUCCGAAUAAAAUGCAGUUCUUUAAAUUAAUUUUACGCAUGUAAAUAAACUCUUAUUUGAUAUUUUAAGUUAUUUAUGAGAAAGUAGAAAUUUUAAUUGUAAAUCUUAGGUAAAAUACAAUUGAAAUCAGCUGAACUCUGAAUCUCACUAUUGUUGUAUAAAGAAAUGUACCUUUUGAAAUUAUAUUUCGUCCAAUGACCACUUUUGGGGUUGACACAUUUUAUUAUAGUAUUGGUUGUACAUUAGCAGUAUCUAUUUAUAAUUAAAAUAUUGAUUAGUUGUUACUAAAAAUACAAAUCAA